AAUCGGAAACGACGAGAGCCUCUUGUUUCAUAGGAGAGAGAGAAAAAUCUUAUCUUUGCGACUGUGGUGGCGUUGUCAGCCAUGGCAAAGACAGAGCCACGAUCUCUCUCUUCUUUCUUCUUCUGUUCUGUGUACAUUCAAAUAGAGUCUCUCUGAAACGAAGCAGCGACUCUUACAAGUUCAUUAGAGAAGUCUUGUCCUGUUUUGAUUCCAUGGCUUUACCUUCGUGCUUAAAGACUGCAGUUCCGAUGUCUCCGACCACCGGAUUUAAUCUUUCCGGCAGUCUUAUGAAGUCGGACAGUGGCUUUGCCGUUCCGACAAGGCUACAGAGCAUCCGGAAAGGUGAUCGAGAAAGAUUGAGAAUCCAAGCUGUUUUCAGCUUUCCUCCUGCGUUUUUGACUAGAAAUGGUCGAGCUGAGAAGCAGAAACAGCUCAAACAAGAUCUUCUUGAAGCCAUUGCACCUCUCGAACGUGGUGCUACGGCCUCGCCUGAUGAUCAGCUUCGCAUUGAUGAGUUAGCACGUAAGGUGGAAGCAGUAAACCCAACGAAGCAGCCUCUGAAGUCUGAUUUGGUCAAUGGGAAAUGGGAGCUCAUUUACACAACCUCUGCUUCGAUUUUGCAGGCAAAGAAACCAAGGUUCUUAAGAUCUAUAACAAACUACCAAUCUAUCAAUGUGGAUACACUAAAGGUGCAAAACAUGGAGACUUGGCCUUUCUAUAACUCGGUAACUGGAGACUUGACACCCCUCAAUACAAAGAAGGUUGCUGUGAAACUACAAGUGUUUAAAAUUCUCGGCUUUAUUCCUGUAAAAGCACCUGAUAACGCUCGCGGUGAACUAGAGAUUACCUAUGUGGACGAGGAACUACGGUUAUCAAGAGGUGACAAAGGAAACUUGUUUAUAUUGAAGAUGUUCGAUCCAACUUAUAGAAUCCCUCUUUGAUCUAUCAAAACUUGGUUCCGAGCCAUCAUACAUACCCUGUUGCUUGUUGUGUGUCUCUUCAUCAUGUAUGUAAUCUAACAUUAAAAAAAAAACUAAUAAGAGGGAGAAAAAAGAGACGAGCUUUUGUCAAUGUUUCAACUUGUUCUAAUCGACAUUACACUAAUCAAAUAAAAAGCUCAAAACUUUGGA